UCUUUUUUUUUUCUUUCACGCGCCUCAACCUCGCAUAAGUCAGCCAAAGCAUUGCAGGCGACAUCGUUCGUAAUGGAUACUCUCGUCGAUUCGGUUCGCAGAUUCUAUCCAAUAAACGCCGAAAGAUAUUCGUACACGCUCGCAGUCAGAAUGACAAAUUAUUUUUGACUCGAGCCGUCAAGCGCGCUAGAGUGUGAAAAAUGCGGCAUUAGCGCGGCUACUAACAUUCGUGGCUGUCAUUACAAUUGUCCACGACGACCGGAAUAAUCCUAUCAAUUUAUCACGAUGUAUUUUUCAUGUCACCGUCAUUUAUUUACACAGUCAAACCACUUCGAAUGCAACGGACAAUGCUUGAACGACUCCAACUACAAUUGUUUGAAAAAAGAAUAUUGAAUUCGGGGCAUUUUUAUUUGCACUCGCAUGAUACCAGUAAACAAUUGUAAUUGCGUUCUCGGUGAAAGCUCCUUUCGCGAGUCUCGGCACGAAGACGGACGAAGUGCUCGUCCUCGGCAAAUUUGACGAUGAUUUUGGCGAGUUACUGGAACGCAUCGCGCGGUGCUCCAGUUGGUCGCGCGAUUCGAAAGGCGCGUGCUCGUAAGAAAUCGAGAAACAUACGAACGCCGCUUUUAUCGCGGCGAAAAUACGUGACGAUUCCGCAAACACUCGGCAGGUGUUGCGUCUGUUCUCGCGCGAGGCGAUCGGCUCGCCGAAGUGAGUCGGCGUCGAGUUUCUCGAGGAUGCGACCAAUGACGUUUGGCCGACAGCGUUGGACGCUUUGCUGUACGCUCGCGCGCGGAAUUUGGGUCUAGUCGCGCUGCGCCAGUGUGCGCAGCGGCUUCCUCGUUAUCAUCUCCGCCGCGAGGUUGUCAACUCGGGAAACGAUAAUUGGUUCGCUUAGCGUUCGCCACCGAAGCAGCUGCAUUAUCAGCGACUCCGAGCGCUCGCGCGUAAUUAUAACUUGACGCGAUAGCGCGCAUUCGACACGGUCUCGGCGCUGUUGUCGGUCGUCGUCGUCGUCGUCGUCGUCGUUGUCGUUGUCGUCGUCGUUGUCGUCCAGCUCGCGAGCGUCGCCUCUCGCAGAUCGGAAGUGGGCGCGAGCGCGAGAAGAGGAAGCGAGUCCCUGACGCUUGUGCGACGACCUCGUCGAUUUGGGCGAAUUAGUAUGGGGAGCACGCGGCUGCGGCGGCGGCGGUGACACGACGAGGCUAGAGGCCGGCCGACUGGCUUAGUCGGCACACAGCCAGCGCCAAGGCUACCACCCACCCACGUGCCGGCUCGCAGCUCGGAGCGUCGCUUCACCGUCGUGCGCGCGAGCUUUUCGGCGCCCGCUUCCGGUCGACGCGACAUGUAGAGGCCAACGCGUCAGUCCAGUCGCGUCACCGUCGACCAACGACAAUCGACGCGCGCGCAAAGUCCGAGAUGAAUGUAAUGACGCACCAACGACAGGAGCGCACGAGGAGGAUGUCGCAGGUAUCGCGGCUGUCGCCGGAGGACGCCCAGUCGGCCGCGGCCGCGCGAAAUUACCGAAGGAGCAGCUUGGCAGCGACGCUCCACGCCAACCUCAUCGGGCUCGCCGCAAAUCCGGACGCUUUCGACGUGGCCAGGCGCCGUCUCAGCAACGUCAGCGACGUCGUCUCCAGAAAGAUCUCCAAAACCAUCGGCUGGAGGUCGUCGCUGUCGGUUUCCGUUGAGCUCACCGUCUCCCAGGGCGCGUCGCUGUGCGGCCAGUACAUGCGCAGCCGGCUGAAGCGCUCGGGCAUAUACCAGCGCAAGCUGGGCUUGAAGCGAAUGCGCAGCGCGAAGCUGCUGAGCGGCCAGGCGCUGGCGCAGGAGGUCUACCCGGAGCUGAUGGCGGUGGGCGCCGAGCUGGAGAAGAUGCACCCGAAGCUGUUCGAGCGCGUCGCCCGGCAGAUCGGCUACGGCGCCUUCAACUCCGAGCAGAGGGUCGUCGACGCGCUGACCGACGUCGCGCGCGAAAUGCUCCGCGGCGGCGGCGGCGAGUGCAAUUGGGCGAAGGUCGUCGCCCUGUACGCGGUGGCCGGCGGCAUGGCGGUGGACUGCGCGAAGCAGGGCAAGCCCGAGUUCCUGCUCGCCGUACAGAGGGGGAUGACGAUGGUGCUCGAGGAGGAUCUGGCUGCUUGGAUUCAGGCCAACGGCGGAUGGAGUGCCCUGGCGCUGCGCUAUCGACCGGCGCCGAAGCACAUCGACUGGACAACCAGUACGCUCGUCCUGUUCGUUGCCGCGACGACGCUGUUGGUCGGCGUCGCCGCCGCCCUGCUCGUUCGACUCUUCGUGCUGUGACGAACGUCCUUUUCCUAUUUCGACCAAUGUAUAUACUGUAUAAAAUCGUUAUAAGCCUGCAUUUAUGGAGAAACCGUGGAAGCGACGAUUGCUCAAUUCACUUUGUCGUUCAAACGUUCUCGGAAUUUAUUUUAUUAUGUUACCGACGAUGUCCCCAUUUACAUAUUUUUCAUUCGUGGCCAAUACACCAACUUUUAUUACA